GCUGCGACAGUACCGUUAACGUAGUUAUAGAAGUCCAAAUCAAAUCAAACAUUGAGCUAGAAAGUUAUCUAUUAUGCUAAAACCCUAAAUAGCUAACUGUAGUGUUUGUAAGGCAUUUGUGCUGCUGGCCACGGAGGUAAGGGCACACACGUUUGCUUUUCAUGUAGGACAGCCGGAUUUAAGAUGAACUCCACAGACGACACUGAGCCCAAUCAAACCAGCAAACCCUCCAUCAGGAUCCUUGCUCUGACCGUGUUCUGCGCUGCCAUUGGGGGCACCUUCCAGUAUGGCUACAACAUCUCUAUUAUCAACGCUCCAACCAGCUACAUCCAGGUCUUCAUCAACGACACCUACAUGGAGCGCUGGGGCGUCGGUCUGGAGACACCUCAGGUGACCCUCAUGUGGAGUCUUGUUGUGUCCGCCUUCCCUCUGGGCGGCUGGCUCGGGGCGCUGUUGGCCGGGCCUCUGGCGGUCCGCUUUGGUAGGAAGAACUCGCUGCUUCUGAAUAAUUCCUUCCUGUUUGUUGGCGCUGUGUUUGUGUUGACAUGCAGGGUAGCGAAAUCAUAUGAGAUGCUUGUCUUUGCCCGUUUCCUGGUGGGGAUCAACUCAGGAGUUAGUAUGAACGUCCAGCCGAUGUACUUUGGUGAAAGCGCCCCCAAGCACCUCCGAGGUGCUGUGGCUUUUUCCUCUGCUGUGUUCACUGCAUUUGGGAUCUUCAUGGGUCAGAUUGUGGGACUCACCGCACUGCUGGGCACAGAGCCUCUUUGGCCCUACUUACUAGCGAGCAACGCUUUGCCGGGGUUGUUCCAGCUCCUCACCCUACCCUGGUUCCCUGAAAGCCCCAGGUACCUCCUCAUUGACCGUGAAGACAGGGAUGCAUGUGUCCGAGCGCUGGGAAGGCUUCGUGGCGGGGAGGCUCCUGCCUCGGAGAUGGAGGAGAUGCUUCAGGAGCAGCAGCAGCAGGCCUUAAAUUCUGGAUCCGCGGGCCCUGCCACAACGCCCUGGGCCCUGUUUAAGAAUCGCAACCUGCGAGCCCAGCUCAGAACGGUUAUGGCUGCCAGCACUGCCAUGAUGCUCUGCGGCAAUGACUCCAUCUACUUCUAUGCUACCUACAUCUUUCUCGCAGCGGGCAUCCCUCCAGAGAAAAUCCAGUACGUCACCAUUGGCACGGGGGCGUCUGAGCUAACUGCUUCUAUCCUGAGUAAUCUGCUGAUUGAACGUGUGGGCCGCAGGUCCCUUCUCGUGGGAGGGUACUGUCUUAUGUCUUGCUGGAGUGUAGUCUUCACUAUAGCUCUUACCCUCCAGAGCCACGGGGUGGACGGGAUGGCCUACCUCAGCAUGGCAUGUGUGUUCGCCUACAUCCUCAGCUUUGGCUUGGGACCAGCAGGGGUGUCGGGGAUCUUACCAGCCGAGAUCUUUGACCAGGCAGCUCGGCCGGCGGCGUACAUGGUCGCUGGCUCGCUCAUGUGGAUGAGCCUGUUCCUGGCUGGAAUGCUGAUCCCCUUCAUUGUCAGCGGCCUGGGGAACUUCUGCUUCCUGCCAUUCUUGGUCGUGUGCUUUGUGUCAGCUUUGUUCCUUGGGUUCACCUUACCAGAGACUAAGGGCAAGACGCUGGCUGAGAUUACUGCAGAGUUUGAUAAAAAGAACGGGGUGAAGGAGAGGCCAGCUGUGCAGCUGGAUGGGCCCAUUAAUGAGCAGUACCAGCUGGGUAAAGCCUGCUCCUUCACUACCCUGACGCAAGAUCCCGACCCUCACCCGAACCAUAAGAUUGGGGACUAACAUUUGGCAUCCUCCAGUAAAGGGAAAUAAAACAUGCAGUGCCUUUGUGGCCUCUUAAUGCAUUUAGGUGAAAAUUACUAACAUAUAUGAAGUCUAAAGUGUCCUAUUUAUACCAUAUUAGCUCUGUGUAGUGGCUGAUAAUUCAGUUUAUUUCUGAUUACAUGAGCUAAUUCAUUCCUGGAGUGGAAAGUAUUGGAACGUCCUGCUGAAGCAGAAGUGUUGUUCUUAAGUUUACGCCUGAAGCAGGUGAGCGUUAACUUGUGUUUAAAGGAACACAGGAUGCUCUUUUAUUAUGUACAGCAUUGUCACAUAGAAAAGCAAGGCAGCUCUCUUGUAGCAAAAGCGUAACUGAAACCUGAAUAUGAAAUUUGCCUUUUCCAACUGUAACAAACAAAUGUCCACUCUGUCUCCAGUGGAAACAGAGGAGGACUACGGUAGCGCCGUUAUCGGCUGAAGAGAAAUGUACCCAGACCUUCACAAAACAAUUCACCUGUUGUUUUUUCACCUCAGUCAGCUGGUUUUGCUCAUUGUUGUUCUAUUUUUUUCUCAUAAAUGAUUUUAUGCCAAAGACUUGAUACAUGUUUUGAAUUGCUGCACUUUUAUGAAUCUAAAAUACAACUUAAUUGUACUGCUGUGGUUUAUUGGUCUCCUCAGGAGACAAUAAGCAGUCUGACAAAGUGGUUAACUCAAGAAAUGCUGAAAAAGACCCGCUGGGGCUCUCUGGGGGUCUUGACAACGACGGAGGUGUUUGCAGUACAGUAGUUAAUCAUUUGAAUUGCCUGUAUUCAAGGAUUAUCUGCUUUAAUUCAACACCUCUGCACCAUUUAUGUAACAGUGCUUGUGUAUUGUGCAAUCUGAUUAUAAUCUCUGUUUCAGUGACACGUCUGUUUGGUCCAGUGAUCCAUGCUUGAGUACAUUUUCCUGUUCAUUGAUCCAUGUGAGAACACUGCCCCUGUAGACUCAUCUUAAAGACUAGACUGUAUGUGUGUUAGUUGGACUCCCACACAAGAUAUCAUUCCUACUGGUGCUGCUAACAGCAUGAUCCCACUCAGCCACCCUCUGAAAUGUCUUCUGUGCGCCCUCAUUAUUGUAUUGCGUAUUUAUGGCUGCAACUCUGCAGAACAGCCAGUAGGUGUCGCCACUGUCUUUGGUCUUGGCUUGCUCUCCUGUCUGUGCUGUAUGAUAAUAAACUGUAUAAUCUCAAAGGGACCUACAGAUGUAACAGCCAGGCGAAGAUGCCACUUUUAAAAUUCAACAGCUGUCAGCUCACAACCAUCGCAAGCCUUCUGUGGACCAUCUGUCAUAGCCUCUGUAUGUCCCCUUUUCAAAAUGAACAGCCAGCACAUGAAGAUGCCUCUCCUGAAGAUGAAUUGUUUACAUAAUAAUCCAAAUUGCCCUCUGACACCUCUGUAUCCUUGCUGCAUGACAGGUAAAACCCCUGUUGUAGCAGGUGGCAGAUUCUGUGCACUAACUGGAUGAAAUAUUGUUAUUGUCUGACGCUGUUCUUCCAAAGCAAGAUACGACAAUCCUCAAUGAUUGUAAUGAUUCUGUAAAAAUCCCACUGCAUGAUUCUCAGGUUUUAUUUUGUACCUAAUGAAUAUAUAUUUUGCACAUUGCAAUUAUUUAUUCAAAUAUAUUUAUUCAAUGAGAUCUACCACUGUA